CAAAAAGGAAAAUAAGCAGCCUCGGAACUGAACGUAAUUUGUGCAUCGUGGAGCAGGGCUUUCCUUUCGGGUUCCGUGGCAGCGCACUCGCGGGGGAGGGGGCAACUCAUUCGCCCCACCCAGAUUUUGGCUUCUCUGUUUCCCCUCUCCCAGUCUACAGGGCGGGACCGGGGCUGUGAGGCAGCGGUCGAUUGGCCGAAGCGGAGGGGGGCGCUGGUCCGUCGGGGGGGGGGAGGGGGGAUGGCCACCCGACUGAAGCCUCGCCUGGAUGGGCUCAGCGUCGUGGGCGUACUUGUCUCCCCGGCCGAAAAAGAGGCACCAGGCAGCCGGAGGGAGGUGCUAUUGAAACUCAAUGGAGGACUUCACUCGCUUGGGUUACUGCAUUGUGGCUGGCAGCUUCGUAGCCUUCCAGUUCUCCUUCUCAGCCCUCAGCCCCCAGCUGUCCUUGUCCUUGAGCCCCAGCUACUCCAGCCUUCCUUCGGUCAAGCAGAGUGAAUGGAAUUCCAGAUGUGUGUCUACACUCCAUGCAGUGAUAGUCGGCCUCUUCUGCGUCUACAUCCUUUGGUAUGACGAUGCUGUAAAUGCCAACCCCAUCUGGGGAGAUCCUUGGUUGGUCAAAUUGAAUGUAGCUGUCACCUGUGGCUAUCUGCUCUAUGAUCUGUUGCUGCUAGUGCGCUACUGGAAGACAUUGGGGGAUUCUCUUUUCGUUUGCCACCACUUGGUGGCACUAUAUGCUUAUGGAUACGUUUUGAGUCGUGGGGUGCUUCCCUAUUUUGCCAACUUCCGUCUCCUUUCGGAACUCUCCACACCCUUUGUGAAUUUGCGGUGGUUCCUGGAUGCAGCUGGCUGGCCACGUACUUCAAGUCUUGUUUUGGCCAAUGGGUUGGCCAUGAUGGUAGUGUUCUUUAUGGUGCGCAUUGCUGUCAUCCCCAGCUAUUAUAUGCAGGUGUACUCUUGGUAUGGAACUCCUGAAUAUGAACGUUUGGGCCUGGGUGUACAACUGGCCUGGAUUGGGCCAAGCAUUGCCUUGGAAAUGCUCAAUUUGAUCUGGAUGUACCGCAUUGUCCGUGGCUUCUACCGAGCUUUAUGCUGGUCUAAGACCUACAAGGCAGCAUGAAGAAAGAAAAGUGGUGAUACUUGACCUGGAAGGCCCAAGUUCUCCUGGACAAAAAUGGAUUUCCUCUUCUAAUCCCCUUAGAAGCCAGUAGCCCUAGGAACUGCUCCUGACUAUGUCCUUGGGGAAAGAAUCCCAGAUUCAUUAAAAAGGGAGCAUAUAGUUUUCCAUUCAAUCAAAGAAAGGUCUUGGCCAAAUUGACUAGAUUCAGCAAUUUGCCAUCUUCUAGAAAUGGGGCUGUAGAAACACUUCACAGGGCUGAAGAUAGGCAGUUUUAAAAUGGAGGUAUAUCUAGCUUAGGGAUUCCUUUGGCACAAGUGGGAAUGCUUGGGAGAUACAGUUUGGGGACUCUGCUGACACUCCGCAGGACUUUUGAAUGAGACAUGUAGCUUUGUGUAGCUAAACAGGUGAUAUUUCUAAUAGUUCAGGAAUUUAACCUCUUUCAACUAUCAAUCUGUCCAUGAUGAUGAUCAGGUACUGUUUCCUCCUAGGAAGAAAAGACCGGCUUCUGCUAGGGGCUUUUGGGCCAUGUUUAGCAGUAAAGAGGAUUGAAAAUAGUGGAAAGAUGAGGGAAAAAAUAAUGCCCAGUUAUGACUACAAACAAUGGGAUUUCAGGACCUUCGCUAGAAGGACAGCAAUACUGUAAAUAGCAUCCUUGUUUUACUAAAUCAAUUGAAACUUGGCAUUCCAGUGAGGAACUUGCUUAUACAAUAGCGGCUAAGUUUCUAAAGACCAGAAAACAAUAAUUUUAACAAGGUUAGCAUCAAGGCACACUUGCCUUUGCUCAGUGGUUUGGAUAAAUCAAAACUAAAGUGAUAUCGGGUGCCUCUAAAUGUGCCAGGAAUACAACUCCCAAAAUCCCCAUCCACUAUGGCUAUCUUCCACUCUGGUGUCAUUUCUUCUUGUGGUUGCCAUUCAUGUAUAUGACAAUCACAUCUUCCCAACAAUAAUUUACAGUGAAAGUUUCUUCAGUCCCAAAUGUAUGUCUCAGUGAAUGAAGCCCUGUGGAAAGGUAUAGAUACUACCACACAAGGCUGAACUUGUUUAAUGUUUCAUUGUUCUCGAGAGUGUAAAUAAAUAGUUGGUGCAAGAUUCCCUUUUCCCAAAAGCCAUUGACAGAAGCUUCUUGUUUUCCCCUCUGUGUUUCUAUGCCUUUCUUCUUCUGUUAUAGUUGUUUUUCAUCCUGAUACAUGCAAACACAGACACCAGUACAGAGACAGGAUAUUGUGAUGUUGGUUCUGUAUCAGUUGACAAAAGUAUAAUGGUAAGAUAUGGCAAAUCUUAAUAAUAGAAUUCUUUCAAGAAUUUUGAAAUCUGUGAAUUCCAACAGAUGCCAGGGUCAGAGGACUAGUUGAAACUUAGGUAGUAUCAACACAAACCUAGAACAGCAUUGUAGAAAAUUCCACAAACUUAAUAAUGUCUCAUUUGUUAACAUGGAAUAUCAUACCACACUGAUGUACAAGGGAUAUGCCCAUGUGUUGCAUGGCUAGCUACUGCUAAUUUUUGAGAAAGAGUAAAUCUAUCUAAAGCCAGCCUUAAUAACAAUAGCAUUUAAUGAAAAGGUACAUUAUUUCAUUGACUGUGACUGUGACUAAUGGAUUCAAUUCAAGCCUUCCUACCUUUUUCUUUAUUUAAAGUACAUUAAUAAAAUAGGAGGUGGCCAUCUGUAAAAAUCAGCUGUCCUGUGAUUGGUGAAUAGUUUCCUACCAGGUGUACUCAUUCAGAAAAGGGGCGGGCAGGAAGGCCAGAGGGUUUAAUCAAUGGCUUUGUUUAACAUGCUCUGCACCCCUAGACACCAUCACAAGGUAUCAAUGCUAUAGAGGCAUCUAUAUGGAUCAACUAAAAACUUUAUGGUUGCAUCAUUUUUGCCAGCUUAAGGAUGAGCGGAUAGUACUUUAACCAAAUCACAAGGAAAGGUCCUAGAUUCAGACACUAUGAGUUGCUUGCUUAACACAGUGGUUUUAAAGUAGUACUUGAGAGAUACUUUGGCUUAAUAUAUAGUAUGAACAUAGUCAAUGAGAGACUUCAUAGUCAAGCCAUUCCAGAGAGAGGCUUGAUUACAGAGCUCUAGAAGCAUUUAAUUCUGAUUGCAUAACAUGCCUAGAACAUAUUUGGCUUUAUUGAAUGUAGUUUUUCCUCUGACUUUAGAUUACUCAGUACUUCAUGCUCCUUUAGUACUGUAUGUUGAUUCUUUGUGAUGAAAGCCUUUGACUAUUCAUUCUUAAAACUUCCUUACUUAGAUACCAGAUCAUUAUAACUUCUUAGCCCUUGGGUUAAAUCCAAGUAUACGGUACCAUGACUAUUCUGCCCUCAGAAUUAAAAUCUCCAGGAGACUUGCUUCCACAAGACCAAUGGACCUCCUAGGGAGAAUUUUCACAUGGAUUGGGCUCCACAGUUUUGGAAAAUCAAAACUGACUCCAGGUGCUAAACGCCUUAACUUGUUGGGGAAAAAAUGCAAGCACCAAGAUUGUUUCUUAAAUUUACAGUAUUUAAUCAUCGUAUUUGGUGCUAGGGGAAUGAGCUGUGAUCUUUAAACAGAAGCUGAAGAGCUUUGUUCCUAAAUAUGUGCCUUAAAACAACAUUGCCAAACAGUCAGUUAUCAACCUCAAAUAGGCUGCCUUAUUUUGUUGCCUUCCAGUUGUAUUAGACUGUAAUUCUCAGAGUUCCCAGCAGCAUGACAAACAACUCCCCUCCCUCCCUCCCUCCACUGCUUGUAAUUGUGGGAGCUGUAGUCUCAACAUGUUGGGAAGCUAUCAAGUAGGGAAGACCUCCUAAAAACUUGAAAAAGCCCUCUCAGUUUUUAGAUCUGUACAGAUGGCAACAUGUAUUACUCUAUUCAGAUGGAUUAUGCCUCAUAUAUAGCAGUGAAAAAUGGCUGAUUUUUUUCCCUGCAAUUUUGAAUAAUUAAAUUCUUGCAAUGCAGUGUUUGUAAUUUUCUAGCCUCUGUAUAUUAACUGGAAUCAAUGAGUGUUAAUUUAAAUAAUAAUAUAAAUAAAUAAUAUUAAUUUAUUAAACUCC